AGGAGGAGGCGCUGCUGGCUGCCGCCGUUGCCUCAGCUGCUGGGCGCCUGGGCAGCUCUCUGGGUUUCUGCGGCCGCCAUGGACGAGCAGGCGGGUCCCGGCGUCUUCUUCAGCAACAAUCACCCGGGCGCCGGCGGUGCUAAGGGGCUCGGGCCUCUGGCGGAGGCUGCCGCAGCCGGCGACGGGGCGGCUGCGGCGGGGGCGGCCCGAGCCCAGUACAGCCUACCGGGGAUCCUGCACUUCCUGCAGCACGAAUGGGCCCGUUUCGAGGUGGAGAGAGCACAGUGGGAGGUGGAGCGGGCGGAGCUGCAGGCCCAGAUUGCCUUUCUUCAGGGGGAAAGGAAAGGUCAAGAAAAUUUGAAAAAGGAUCUGGUGAGGAGGAUCAAAAUGUUGGAAUAUGCUCUUAAACAGGAAAGAGCCAAAUACCACAAGUUGAAAUAUGGGACAGAAUUGAAUCAAGGAGAUAUGAAGCCUCCAAGCUAUGAUUCUGAUGAAGGUAAUGAAACAGAGGUGCAGCCACAACAGAACAGCCAGUUAAUGUGGAAGCAAGGUCGACAACUACUCAGACAGUAUCUUCAGGAGGUGGGUUACACAGAUACUAUUCUAGAUGUGAAAUCUAAACGAGUACGAGCUUUGCUGGGCUUUUCAAGUGAUAUCACUGACAGGGAAGAUGACAAAAAUCAGGAUUCAGUUAUAAAUGGCACAGAGGCUGAAGUUAAAGAAACAGCAAUGAUUGGAAAAUCUGAGUUAACAGAUUCUGCUUCUGUGCUGGAUAAUUUCAAAUUCCUUGAAAGUGCAGCUGCUGAUUUCAGUGAUGAAGAUGAAGAUGAUGAUAUUGAGGGAAGAGAGAAAAGUGUCAUUGAUACUUCAACAAUUGUUAGAAAAAAAGCAUUGCCUGAUAGCAGUGAAGACCGAGAUACAAAAGAAGCUCUGAAGCAGUUUGACUUCUUGGUUUCAUCAGAGGAAGGAGACAGUGAAUCUAGAAGUGCAGGCGAUGGAACAGACUGGGAAAAGGAGGACCAGUGUCUCAUGCCCGAAGCCUGGAAUGUGGACCAGGGAGUAAUUACCAAACUCAAGGAACAAUACAAAAAGGAGAGAAAGGGGAAAAAGGGGGUGAAGAGAAAAACUACCGAAGAUCUGUUUCAGCCUCUAUCCUAUAUAAAACAGUCAAAACAGGGAUGUGGGAGAAGGAAGAAUCAAAGCUCAGGGCCCAAUAGGUCAAAACUACAAGAUAUGCUUGCUAAUUUGAGAGAUGUUGAUGAACUUCCUUCAUUGCAGCCAUCUGUGGGUUCACCUUCCAGACCUAGCAGCUCCAGGCUUCCUGAGCACGAAAUUAAUAGGGCAGAUGAAGUGGAAGCACUGACAUUUCCUCCUUCUUCUGGGAAGUCAUUCAUCAUGGGAGCAGAUGAAGCCCUUGAAAGUGAACUAGGACUUGGAGAAUUAGCUGGCCUUACAGUGGCCAAUGAAGCAGAUUCACUUGCUUAUGAUAUAGCAAACAAUAAAGAUGCACUGAGGAAGACUUGGAAUCCUAAAUUUACAUUAAGAAGUCAUUUUGAUGGCAUUCGAGCACUUGCUUUCCACCCCAUUGAACCUGUUUUGAUAACAGCAUCAGAGGAUCACACAUUGAAAAUGUGGAAUUUGCAGAAAACAGCCCCAGCCAAAAAGAGUACUUCUCUUGACGUAGAGCCUAUCUAUACUUUCAGGGCUCAUAAAGGUCCAGUGCUUUGUGUAGUAAUGAGCAGCAAUGGUGAGCAGUGUUAUAGUGGUGGUACUGACGGACUGAUCCAAGGCUGGAAUACCACUAAUCCCAACAUUGAUCCCUAUGACUCUUAUGAUCCUUCUGUUUUAAGAGGUCCUCUGCUAGGCCACACAGAUGCAGUCUGGGGUUUGGCAUACAGUGCAGCACAUCAGCGUUUGUUGUCCUGUUCAGCAGAUGGCACUCUUCGUUUGUGGAAUACAACUGAGGUGGCUCCUGCACUAAGUGUAUUUAAUGAUAAUCAAGAAUUGGGAAUCCCUGCCUCUGUUGAUCUAGUGAGCAGUGACCCGAGCCAUAUGGUAGCAUCAUUCAGCAAAGGGUAUACAAGCAUCUUUAACAUGGAAACACAACAACGCAUUCUUACUUUAGAAUCCAAUUUAGAUUCAACAGCCAACUCUUCCUGCCAAAUAAAUAGAGUCAUCAGUCAUCCCACUCUUCCAAUCAGCAUCACUGCUCAUGAAGACAGGCAUAUCAAAUUCUAUGAUAACAAUACAGGCAAACUGAUCCACUCGAUGGUAGCCCACCUAGAAGCUGUUACAAGUUUAGCAGUUGAUCCUAAUGGACUAUACUUGAUGUCUGGCAGUCAUGACUGUUCAAUACGUUUAUGGAAUCUAGAAAGUAAGACGUGUAUACAAGAAUUCACAGCUCAUCGGAAAAAAUUUGAAGAAUCCAUUCAUGAUGUAGCUUUCCAUCCAUCCAAAUGCUAUAUAGCCAGUGCUGGAGCUGAUGCCCUGGCUAAAGUCUUUGUAUGACACCAUGCAUCAUCUUCACUUCUAGCUCUUUAUUAAUAAUCAGCUGCACAAAAAAAAAGAUACAUACAGAAGACCAGGGCAAGAAUCAACUCAUCAUGCCCUUUCGUUCUGCUGAAGGAGCACAGAGAACAUUUGUUAAAGUAUAGUUUUGCAAUUCGUAUACUGUUUUCUAAAAUUAAGGUUUGUUCAGGUUGCUGCAAGCUCAGCUGAAUCUUUGAGCCUGUAAACUCUUUCAAAAUUUCCCCCAAAGAUGCGCUUUUAUUUCUGAAGUUGUUCUAAUUCGCUAGGCAGGCCUGAGCGAAGAUAGAUUUAGCUUAUCCCUAUUAAGUAAAUAGGGCAUGCUAUAAGGGAUAAUUAAAAGCUGGAUGGCUGGGAAGGAAUAAAAGAAUGGAAACUUGGACCUACUUCUCCCCUGAGAAAUCUUAUUAAACACAUUAGGUAAUCAAAACAUUAAUCUUUACUAUAUCUGCUGUGCUAACCCUGUUGUGUAUAAUGACCAGACAGUGUUAAAAGGAAUUUUUAAUUUAGCUCUUCUUCAGCUGCUUGCAUAAAGCACGUGAUAAAGCAUUUUACCUAUGGGGGGGGGGGGGAAGAUGCAAUAAUAUGUUAAUUAUAUUAUUAUUCAGAAAUGCUAAACAAUUUUACUUUGCAAGCAGAUUUUUAUAUUGUAUUACAGUUUUGAAAGUAGAUUUGGUACCGUUGUAAAGUUUAGCUGUCAAGCACUCACCAUUAUAAAGAUAGUUGAUAGAGUUUGCUUUUACUAAAGGAUUAACUUAUUCAGGUUUGAGAUUCUGUUAUUUUUAAGGGCAAACAGGGCAUAGCUGUAUAAUAAUUUCUAUUUUAAAAUUCAUCUUACUCAUGUGAUAUUUAAUAGUACCAGAGUGAUUAUCUCAUAUUGAUGAAAUCUACCAGUGAUUGAAAAACAUGGAAGUUAUUUGCUCGUAUUCAUUUGUCAAUAGCCACAUAACCAUGCUUCAGAUGAUCUCUGCUUUUUCUUUCUUGUCUCUCACAUUCAUGCUGACACUUACCAAAAAUAGUUCAUAAUUAUUAUGUUUUAAUAGUCCAGAGAAUAUGGUUAACUUCAGGCAGCUGCUUUCAGAGCAGUUAAGUAAAGCAAACGUACUCCCAUAAUUUCUCUAUUAGUAUCUCUGAGAAGAACCACCUCUUGGAAAUCUGAGUGGAAGAUUUUAUGCCACAUGUUGACCAAAAGAUCCUCUCUCCCUGCUCCUCCCCCUUGUUUAAUUGGAAUGCACUUUUUAAUGCACAGUGAAUCGGUAUUGUUCCCUGGGAAAACCAUGUCUUAAGAGACUGGGUUUCCCUGAGCCCACUUUACUUGUGACCCACAUGUGGUCAACUUUUGAGAUUCCUACUACCCUACUAUCUGGAACUAGUGCCCUACCAUGCAGAACCUUUCCCUAAACUUGUCAUGCUCUUCAUACUUUUUUCUUAUUUGCCCCAAAUGACAGAGAUCAAUCCAGAGAGUAAAAUAAAUUAUUAAUGUCUAACCAAAA